UUAUACAACAUCGAGUAAUUUGCAUGCCACGCCUGCCGAGCUCACGCCUCGCGCGUCCUAAUAUAAAUAGCCAGGAGUCGUUGAUUAUACCAUUAGACCCAACGCAGUUGUCAGACUUCAGUAUCUAGCUUGACGAAGUACGUGAUUCAUCUCAGUUGCUCUAUUUCAGUAUCCCGUAAAGACCGCCCUCUGUCGCCAUGAAUCACUUCGCCAUUGCCGCCGUUUUCUGCGUUGUUGCAGCAUUCACCCUGAACGGGGCCGACGCACAAAGCACCGGGAAUCUGAUGUGCUACAACUGCACCUAUACCACUGUGUUGGGGUUCGAAGUGGGAGAAAAAGGUUGCGACGAUGCCUUCAGCGCUACUGGCAUCAGCAAGAUUUCCUGCGAUGGCUCAUGCGCGAAACGUGUUCUCGAAGGCGACAUUCCAGCCACGAUGCGAACAUGCCACACCGCUCUUGAAGGGGAAUGCGUGGAGCUGAACAGGUUCGAAAUCAGCGCCGGCAACUACAUCUCCCAGCACUGCUGUUCCGGCAAUCUCUGCAACAGCGCAGGCGCACUGGCCUUUAACCUCUUGGUCGCCGUCGUGGCCGUGUGUGGCGCCCUCGCUGUCAAGUAUUAACUGAUGGAAUUAUUAUCGUGAGCGUCUUCUGAUAGCUGCAUACCUUGCAUCAUGAACUGUUCACGUGAAGUGUCAAGAAGACUGCAAACUGGCACUGAUCCUUAUAGCGCUGCGUCCGCAUUACUUGGCUGCGGCUGGUGCCCAGCGUAGAAAGCGCAUGCGCAUGGGAAGUGGAUUCAGCCGCUUCGUAAGGCGCAUGCGUUGUUUCCCGUUGCCUAGCCAAGUAAUUCGGACGAAUUACAGUAUUCAGUAGUAGGCUGGCCGUAACCGUUUCUUUAACUGAAACCCCCUGAAAUAUCGACUCCUUUUUUGCCAUGUUCUUAUAAAAUGUUGACCUGUCUAUGAAAAUUGCGUAUGAGCUUGCUAUAGGCAGUUGUUUAUCCAAUCCAGCAUCAGCCACUGUUUGGGUGCUGCAAUCGAGACGGGGCCAAAUUUUAUCUGGUGAUAUGAAACAGUUUCAGAAAUUCUACCGAUGUAUUUCUCGCCCAGUUUCAGUAAUUUGUGGCUUUAAACAAAGCAACCAAUUUUAACGGGAAUGUUUAAUUUGCAAUCUUGAUUUUUGCACAUUUAGUAAACGGUAAUGUUUUUGUCUUCUUUACAAACAUUUUAACAUUUUUUUAAAAUUUGGUGUUGUACUAAGUAUAGGUGUAAGGUGUUUUAAUAAAGUAACAAAGAAGUGAAUACU